GAAUUGAAAGACAUUCGUCGUGAUCCACCCGCACUAUGCACUGCUGGUCCCGUCAGUGAUGAUCUUUUUCACUGGCAGGCACUGAUACUGGGUCCACCCGACAGUCCAUACGCGGGUGGCAUAUUUAACCUUGAUAUCAAAUUCCCAAAGGACUAUCCGUUCAACCCCCCGAAGGUUAAGUUUAUUACGCCGAUAUACCACGUAAACGUUGGUACAACCGGGACCAUAUGCUUGGAUAUCCUCCAAGACAAGUGGUCUCCAGCACUAUCCAUAGCGAAA